GACGCGAAGCGGCGGAGGACUUGCAAGGCUCCAACUACGUUCACGUUUCUCUUCAGUCUUCACAACGUCUCUUUCUCUAAUCAAUGGCUAGGAAGCAAGUAAAAUUGAACAAUGGAACAAAGAAAGAUUGUGAACUGAACGCCAUGGAUGCGGAUCGGUUUUCGGAAUUACCUGAUUAUAUAAUCCAUAAGAUUCUUUCUUUCCUUCCCACCAUUGAUGCCGUUCGGAUGAGCCUUCUUUCGAAGCGUUGGCGACGAAUGUGGUACUCUUUACCUGCAUUAAACUUUGACGAUUCCGCUAUUGUUGGAGAUUUUAAUGCGAAAAGAUUCUCAAAAGUUGUCGGAAAUUGCUUGAAACUCCGAAAAGCCGAUAUGCUCGCUGUUGAUGGAGAUAAUGCCAUCAGUAAAUUUAGGCUUGCUACUGCUAAGAUGUGGAGAUGGAGCAGCAUUAAUGGUUGGUUAAGUUUGGUUUCUAAGAGUAAAGUCAAGGAGUUAGAUCUUCAUGUUAGUUCCAGGUCUAAAACAAGUUUCUGUCUGCCACCGAGUAUUCUUCGCAUCGAGUCAUUAACCUGUCUAAGGUUGGCUAAUGUUGAGGUGGAGGAUGUUGAUUCCGCAAGUCUUCCAUCUUUGACGUCUUUGUCAUUGGAGAAGGUGAAGCUGAGUGAUCAAGUCCUUUGUGAUCUUGUGUCGCGGUGCUGUUCCCUUGAGAGAUUGGUUUUGAAAUUGUGUCACGGUUUGUCGAAUCCUAAAGUCUCAAGCUGGAGCGUCAAGUUUCUGGAAAUUGCUUAUACUGAAUUCACAAUCAGCAAAAUGUUUCAUGUUGAAGUUGGAGCUGUGAAUCUUGAAUCUUUCAAAUGUAGUGGACCUUAUGUCAGUUUGGAUAAUUUAAACCUCUCAUUGUGUGCAACACUUAGGAGCCUCUCCUUUAGUUGCUUAAGUUUUGAUGAUCAGUGGUUGGAAGACCAAAUCCUUAGACUGCCCCUUCUUGAGUGCUUGACUUUACGCCACUGUGUUAAAUUGGAACGUGUAAGAAUCUGUAGUCAGCGCCUGAAAUGCUUAGCUUUCGAAGGAAACGGACUCUUCUUUGCUGCGGAGCCUACGAUUGAUUGCCCUAAUCUUGUUUACUUUAGCUAUGAGGGUUAUUUGAGCUCUAACUCUACAAUGACCCUGGGGAAGAACCUAUUGGAAGCUAAAAUCAAAUGUCUCAAUCCUGCAGCUUAUGAUACGGAAUGGUAUAUGAAUUUGAUUGAAUUUUUUUCAAACCUUAAUUGCCCCAAUAAUAUGAGCCUGGAUGUUUGCUCAGAAGAGGCUCUCAUUUUUCCAUACACAUUUCGAAAGCACGUUCGUUCUCCACUGCUCACUGUGAAGCAUAUGAAGGUGAGGACAGGUACGCCAUCAUUGGGAAACCCUGACUUGAGAGAUGCCAUAAAUUGGCUUGUACCUUCUUUGAAGACAUUAUCAAUUGAGUAGAGAGUAAAUAUCUUGUGGGAUUUUAUUACAUUGUUACUAGUCUUUAAUGGUUAAGAUUUUGCUGCUUUGUAACUUUUUAUACUGAAGCAUCUAGCUCACUUUUUAUUCCCUCUCUCUAACAACUUCCCAACUGAAUUUCCAAUCCCAAGACAUUCUAUUCCCUAACCGACUUCACUUGUUCCUGCAUAGCGAAUUAUCUCCUACACCAAUCACUCCACGCCUUCUGCCAACUUAGCAACUUCCUUUACGCAUUCACCACUCGGAUCUGGAUC